GACUUAUCUAGACAAACACAAUGAGAUCAUCCGUUUCUCUACUCGGGACACAUUGCUGCUGGGAUACAACAUCACUUGGCACUUAAAUCUGACACUGCCUGGGACUAUUUACUUAGGAGUAGAUCCAGGUUAUGAAGGUGGGCGUGAUGGGUUGCGGUGGUAGCCGAGCGACUCGCCUGGUCUCCCCGCUCAGCAAGGCGGUCAUCACUUGGAACAGCUCGUCGCAGCAGCCAACGGCGCUGCAAAUCAAAGAAAGGUUACGUUUUAUGAGCACCAGGGAUGCUUCUGUUCAGGUUGGUACAGCUCCGUCUCUUGCUGAUAAAACUAUCCAAACGGAUGCUGUCCAUUUCACUGAAGAGGACUUAGAGACCCUACUAGAAGACGAUGCUGAAGAACCAGAGAUCACAGAUAAUGAGACGCAAACGAAUCUGGCUUCGAAUCCAAUUGGGGGAGAUAAUGUGAAGAGUGUACUCAUGCAAACAGAUAAUGAAAAGACUGGAAGUGUCAAAUACUUCCACAAGCGACAGUUAGUGGAUACACAUGAAUUUAACAUCAUUACGAUAGAUAUUGGUGUCCAAGCAGUAAAGCCUUUGAGUGACCAUUGUACACAGACAUCUGCUGUUCUCUUUUUACAGACAUACCGCAUUUCACUGAUGGAGUUCGAGAGCGCAGGGUGGAGGCUGGAUUAUACGUCGAAAUCUGGAAAGAAGCUAGGCAUCGUGGCCAAUAAACGUUUGUCGAAGAUGGCCGACUUCGAAUCCCAGACCGAUCCUGUUACGAGAGCUUUGGCAGCAAAUGCAGCCGGAAUUGAGCCAAACGUAUUUUCCCAAAUGGACAGCAUUUCUCCUAUUGCUCAUAUCCACAAAGAACUUGGGAAUACUGGAUUCAAGUCAUCUCAGGUAUCUAAAUCAGCCAUUCACGAAAGCAUAGCUCGGCUUCUGGAAGAUGUGGAAGAUUCUAUGCGCAGUGAUUCUGAAAUUGACGGUCGCUUCCUUGGAUAUAACGAGCCUUUAGUCGUGAAAUGCGAUGCAGGUAUCCAAACAGAUAAUGACCCUAUCACAGAUGAAGCACCAGAAUUCGCUGCCAGGCCUCCCCCUUGUAAGAAAAAGGAGAUGAUCCCCUGCAUGUCAAUCUUCAAAGAGACCGACAAACGAGCUUUGGAUGUUCCAGAAGCUGCAUUGGUUAAUAUACGAAGUCUUGUAAAGUACCUGACUGCUGAAUGCGAAAAUGAUAUACAUAAAAUCCGAGCUUUCUUCAGAUGGAUUGCGGAUAACAUUGUAUAUGACUGGAGGUAUAUGGAUAUAAAGCUUUCAGCGGAAGAAGUUUUCCAAAGACGUGAAGGUGUUUGCAAGGAUUACUGCAAACUGUUUUCUGAAAUGUGCAGGUUAUCUGGCAUCCGUGUUAAAACUCUAAAUGGUUUUGCUAAGGGAUAUGAUUAUCGUCCUGGACACCAGUUUGUGCCUGGAGAAGAUGUGACGCAUGCAUGGAAUGCUGUUUUCAUUUAUGGAGCAUGGCGUUUUAUCGACACGACAUGGGGAACAGGUUUCACAGACCACACUGGAAAGUUCCAACAGAAACUAAACGAACAUUUCUUUCUCACGGAUCCAGAUACAAUGAUCUGGACUCAUUAUCCUUACGAUGAGAUGGAAAAUAACUAUAGCAGAUGGCAGUUGCUAGAUGUGACAGUGAGUUUGGAGGAAUUUAACGCUUUGCCAAAAGUAACUCCAUACUUCUUCGAUUACAAUAUGAAAAUCAGAUCCAGACCACAAAAUCCCGUUGUGUUCAAGGUGCACAAGGAAGUGAAGAUUGCAGCCCAUGAACCCAUGCGCUGGAAAUACAAACUUUACGCAGCGGAUGAAAUUGAAAAUGCUUCAUUGAACAACUACGUCUUCUGUCAACUAAAAGAAGAUCGUUUAGUUGGUUCAUUUGCAGUAACGCCUCCUGUAGAAGGUCGUUAUUAUUUCAAAGUGUAUGCAAAGCCGGAGCACGAGAUGAAAGAAGAAACCAAUUUGCACAAUGUAGUAAUAUUUCUACUCGACUGCUUGGUAGCCAAGAAGUACAUUCAGCCUUAUCCACACAACGAAGUGCCCUGGGGUCCCACCCAGUGUUUCUAUGAUUACAAAAUGAAAAUGAUAAACCAAAGUGGACCCAUGAUAGUCACUUGGGGUGGCAAGCGCAAACUCAUUCUGGAAGUGAAAGAUGUUAUGCUCAUUACUUACCAACUCCUGGACGUUGAAGGGAUCGAAAUGGAUCCUAAAGAUACUGUACGCCGGGAGGACAAAGAAAACCGAGUUAAUUUCACCUUCACACCUCAACGCGUUGGUAUGUACAAGUUCCUUCUGUUUGGCAUGCCCAAACCCAAACAAAAGGGUAAAUGGCGCUUGCCCCUCUUAGCUUCAUACCUCAUAGACUGUAAAUUCACAAGACAACUGUACGAUGAAGACUUUCCUCCCCCGCAAGUCAAGGUUCCCGAAAAAGAAGAACAGAAACCGGACCCCCCCAAGAAAGAAAAGAAGAAGAUCAAGAUUGCUUUCCUCAGAUGAAAAGAAUGUAGACACGAAUGGCGAAUAUUUAUAUUUUUAUUACAUAUUUCAUUUCAUCAACAAAUCAUUAGCAGUAUCAUCAUUCCCUCUUUCUGUAAAUCCUUGAAGGGACUAAUAAUUUCUAAAAAAUUUAUAGUUUUUACUCAAAGAUCGUUUUACAUCGUUUAACUAGAUAGGAUCAAACUCCUCGUCUUAUUUUACAUUUUA